GGAGGAGCUAGGAGCGCAUUGCGCGAGUUGAGCUGCCGCAGCAGCAGAGUCAGCGAGGGGAACACCGGUACGGCGUGGCGACCGACAGACACAUCGGGGCGAAACGAGGGUGAUCCGAUCCGACAGUGAGACACCGAGCCUCAGAUGGCUAGAGACUGAGGCGGAUUCCGGUCAUGCUGUGACAAAGCUAUUGCAUAACAUACCGACUGUUGCAUCUUCUAUAUAGACGGGGAUGAAAACCGGCGCUAUAUUAAGGAACGACGUAAAUAUAAUUCGUUUUGUAUUAACUUUGCACUCUCGCACUGCGAUUUAAUGCCGACCUAAUCCUUGAGGUGACACGCCCCAUCUUCAAACGUUGAGAAACGAAUCGGUGUUAGAGCAGCAUACUGGAGCAAACCUUUACGUUCCGACAGAAAUCCAACGGUGUCUGAACGGAAUCUCUCUAUUUUUGCUCUGUAAUCCGUUUUGUCGCCGUGGUGGCAAGAGAGGGUCGAACCAUGACGAAGAGCCCGCUGUACGUGCGGACCCUUUGCUGAAUUGAUGACAUAGGACCAUGGAUACUUGUCUCUAUUUUUGGCAUUCAACUCAUAAGUGUCACAAAUGGAUGAAGAAAUAGACACCCGCAAAAUCAAUAACAGCUUCCUCCGCGAUCACAACUAUGCAACCGAAGCUGACAUCAUAUCCACAGUUGAGUUCAACAAUACUGGGGAGCUCCUGGCCACGGGGGACAAAGGUGGACGUGUGGUGGUGUUCCAGAGAGAACAGGAGAGUAAGAACCAGCCUCAUCGGAGGGGGGAGUACAAUGUUUACAGCACCUUUCAGAGCCACGAGCCUGAGUUCGACUACCUGAAGAGCCUGGAGAUCGAGGAGAAGAUCAACAAGAUCCGCUGGCUGCCUCAACAGAAUGCCGCCUAUUUCCUCCUCUCCACCAAUGAUAAGACUGUGAAGCUGUGGAAGAUCAGCGAGAGGGACAAGAGACCCGAGGGCUACAACCUCAAGGACGAGGAUGGCCGGAUCCGGGACCCCAACACCAUUACGUCUCUGCGGGUCCCCGUGUUGCGGCCCAUGGACCUGAUGGUGGAGGCUACUCCGCGGCGGGUGUUCUCAAACGCACACACCUACCACAUCAACUCCAUCUCCAUCAACAGCGACUAUGAGACCUACAUGUCCACAGACGAUCUGCGGAUCAACCUGUGGAACCUGGAGAUCACCAACAGGAGUUUCAACAUUGUGGACAUCAAGCCGACCAACAUGGAGGAGCUGACGGAGGUGAUCACUGCGGCCGAGUUCCACCCUAACCAGUGCAACACGUUCGUCUACAGCAGCAGCAAAGGCUCCAUCCGCCUAUGUGACAUGAGGGCUGCCGCGCUGUGUGACAACCACUCCAAAUUCUUUGAGGAACCAGAGGACCCCAGCAACAGGUCUUUCUUCUCCGAGAUCAUCUCCUCCAUCUCGGAUGUGAAGUUCAGCCACAGUGGCCGGUACCUAAUGACACGGGACUACCUCACCGUCAAGGUGUGGGACCUCAACAUGGAGAGUAAACCCCUGGAGACUUACCAGGUGCAUGACUAUCUAAGAAGUAAACUCUGCUCUCUGUAUGAGAAUGACUGCAUCUUCGACAAAUUUGAAUGUGUCUGGAAUGGAUCGGACAG